CCCGCCAUGGCCUCGGGGGGGCUGGGCCGGUGCCGCCUGGCGCUGGGCCUGGCGCUGCUGCUGGACGGAGCGGGCAUGGGGGCGCUGCUGACGGGCAUCUUCGCCCGGCUGCGGGUGCGGGGCCAGGACUUCGGGGACCUGCUGAUCUACUCGGGCGCGGUGCUGGUCUUCCUGAGCCUGCUGGGCUGGGUGCUCUGGUACACGGGCAACCUGGAGCUGGCGCCCGACGAGCUGGGGCGCGACUACGGGGCCAAGGGGGGCACCCUGGCCCGCCUCGCCCGCAAGAUCUCCCGCCGCUGGUCCCGGCGCCAGCCCGGCCCGCUGGCCCUGGGCCCCGUCCGGGGGAACCAGGGGCCCCCGUCCCGGGAAACGGUCUAGAGAUGCCUUUUGGGACAGAACCCUGGGGGGCAAGUCGGAUGGUGGAUCUGUCUGGGACCAGCCCUCCCCCCCCUCCGCUGAUUCAGAGAGCACUCACGGGGCUGCGAGACAGACGGACUGAACCAGCCCCAGGACAGAGGGACAGAGACGCGGCCUCUCUGGGGUGGAGCAUGGGGGCUGGGUAUCUGGGGACCCCUCGCCUGGCGCU